GUUAGAGAAAUACUGGAAAGGUAGUGAUUAAACCGGUACUAUUUGAUCUCACCUCGCAGAAGUCGAUAUUUAUUCAGUGAGCACGGAUGCGCUUGGCUCCUGAGACGCUGCAAAGCCAGCGAACGAGUACGUAUUACGCAAUAUCCCCGCCUGUCCUGUGCGCUAUAACCGGAUCAGCGUUUGCACUCUGCGUCUCUCCGUUCCUACAGACCAGACAACCUGACACCCUCCACUUUACAGGUACGACACAGUAUAUGCAAUGCACAUUAUCAGAAUGGGACUCUUAUAGUCUUUUAGUCACCUUUCGUUUCACCACGAGUCCUGACGUUUGACGCACAAUAAUAUGCACAUAAAUGGGAACAUGGCGGGUUGCAUUUUCACUAAAUCUGCUAGAGGGUCGACAUAUUUGGUUUUGGUGUGUGUGUUUAUUUGUGUGGUUACUGCGUCAUCUCGUCAAAGUGUACCAUGGGCGCGAGAAGGGCGACUAUGUGCAGUGCCUGAGGAUGUGCUCAGUCACCUGCUCAGGUCUAGGGAGGAUCUUGUGGGAUUCAAGUUGCACUAGGGUUAGGCUGCUGGCCCAUACCUGGCUUGCCUGGAUACAGACAGGCCUGCAUAGUUACAGACUAACACAGUUGUUUUGUCUCGUUAGAUUAUCAUUAUUGCCAAGAAUUCAUGUUUAUUUCAUAUCGCCACCACAUAUUUUUGACACUAACAGAGGUGAAUGUUUGCAACUGCACAUGACUGCAACAUCCCAAACAAACCAAGAAAAUUGUGGACUUUGUUUAAGGAGAAAAAAAAACAAGUCACAUUUUAAAUGGUAAUGCAGCACAGGCGUGGUACAAGAGGUUUCUGAUGAUUAAGAUCAAAACAGUCUUCAGCGACUAUGGGAAAGGAGAAGCUCCACAUUAACAUUGUUGUGAUUGGUCACGUGGACUCUGGCAAAUCCACUACCACAGGACAUCUUAUAUACAAAUGUGGAGGUAUUGAUAAGAGAACAAUUGAAAAAUUUGAAAAGGAAGCUGCAGAAAUGGGGAAAGGUUCAUUCAAGUAUGCCUGGGUCCUGGACAAGCUAAAAGCAGAAAGGGAACGUGGCAUUACAAUCGACAUUUCACUGUGGAAAUUUGAAACUAGCAAAUAUUAUGUUACCAUUAUUGAUGCUCCAGGACACAGGGACUUCAUCAAGAAUAUGAUCACUGGUACAUCCCAGGCAGAUUGUGCAGUGUUGAUUGUGGCAGCAGGUGUGGGAGAGUUUGAAGCAGGAAUCUCCAAGAACGGCCAGACACGAGAGCAUGCACUUCUGGCCUAUACAUUGGGUGUGAAGCAGCUCAUUGUGGGCAUUAACAAAAUGGACUCUACUGAACCAAACUACAGCCAGAAACGCUAUGAAGAAAUAGUGAAAGAAGUGAGCACCUACAUCAAAAAGAUUGGCUACAAUCCAGACACAGUCGCUUUUGUUCCCAUUUCAGGUUGGAAUGGAGACAACAUGCUGGAACCAAGCCCCAAUAUGACAUGGUUUAAGGGCUGGAAGAUAAACAGAAAAGAAGGCAGUGCAUCUGGGACCACACUUCUGGAGGCUUUGGAUGCUAUUCAGCCCCCAACACGUCCAACAGACAAACCCUUGCGUCUUCCGUUGCAAGAUGUUUACAAAAUAGGAGGUAUUGGGACAGUGCCAGUGGGCCGCGUGGAGACCGGCAUCUUAAAGCCCGGGAUGGUGGUGACUUUUGCCCCGGUCAAUGUGACCACAGAGGUCAAAUCAGUGGAGAUGCACCAUGAGGCACUGACUGAAGCACUUCCUGGAGAUAAUGUGGGAUUCAAUGUCAAGAAUGUGUCUGUUAAAGACAUUCGCCGGGGCAAUGUGGCUGGGGACAGCAAGAAUGACCCUCCCCAGGAGGCUGCGAACUUUACUGCCCAGGUGAUUAUCCUGAAUCACCCUGGGCAAAUCAGUGCUGGUUAUGCUCCAGUGCUGGACUGCCACACUGCACACAUCGCCUGCAAGUUUGCAGAACUAAAAGAAAAGAUUGAUCGACGUUCUGGAAAAAAGCUGGAGGACAAUCCAAAAUCUCUCAAGUCCGGAGAUGCUGCUAUUGUAGAUAUGAUUCCUGGGAAGCCCAUGUGUGUUGAGAGCUUCUCUGAAUACCCCCCACUCGGUCGCUUUGCUGUGCGUGACAUGCGUCAGACUGUGGCUGUUGGUGUAAUCAAAGGUGUGGAUAAGAAGGCUUCCACCACUGGUAAAGUCACAAAAUCAGCCCAGAAGGCCCAGAGGAACAAAUGAAUGCUGUGCUCAUCUGCCAGCCCCAACAUCUCAUGUAAAAGGACAUCUGCUCUCCUACAUCCAAGUGGUCAUUUUAACCUGGUAAACAAGGACUGGCUUACAACAAUGCACCGGAAAAGCAUUAGAAGGAAAAAAAAAAACUUCUUAAUAGGGCACUACCAACUAAAUGUAGUAAUGCUUAAAUUGUAUCAUUCAAUGUAACACCAGUGCUGGAGGUGUACAGAUUUGUGGCAAUAUCUUUCUGUGAUAACAAGCUCUUCAGUACUUUACUAUUUAGUAAAUGAGUGUGGUUCUCUUGUGUUGUUACUGCAGUGCUCAAUAGGUAAUAGGCAACAUAAUUAACAGUUUAACUCUGUUGUUUGUAUUAGAUCUGUCUGUAUAAGCUUUAAACACAUAUCAAAAGAUGUGAAAGUUUGCCUUUUCCCUUAUGAAGUGAAGUACUUCAAUCAUUAAGCACUUUAAUUGGAAUUUUGCUGAUUUUGUACUUUCACUUAAGUAGAACAAUGACAUGCUACUGCACUUUACUAUUCUAUAC